UCAGCAGCCGUCUAGACUGUAGAGUCUCUCGACUGCAAAUUUUCCCCAAAACUAGUCAAAAGUUCGUUAUUUUUGUGGGGGAAUGCCAGUUAAGACCUUAACUCACAAAGUUCAGUGGAUAAAAAUUCUUGGAGUGCAUUUAUAGUGUAAUCUUUAGUUACUAUGUCGCUCAAGCGAAAAAUUCGCAUUCCUAAUCUUUCCAAGUCGACCAAUGAAUUAGCUGUUGAAGUUGCACAGGAGGACGCUGCGAAAUCCGUAUCUAGCGAUGAUCCGUUUACUUUCCCGGGGACGGGCAGCGGGAGUUCCAGUAUAACUUCCGAAGGGCAAAAUCCUGGGAAGGUUCCCCGUUUGGUGUUGAAAUUGGGAUCAGCCAUCAAGAACCGCAGUGCCGAAGCCGAGUCCUCGUCUAAUCUGUCCCUACACAGUCCGUCUCCAGGUUUGUUGGGCUCCUCGACCAACGAUUCCGUGGCUAGUAGUCCAGCAUCGAGUCGGAAAGAGAAAAAAGCCCGUGGUAACAAACGAGAUAAAAGUGGUCGUAAAGCUAAAAGGAAGAAGAAGCAGGAAGAGGAAGUCAGUGUUAACGAUUUAUACCAGAACAUCGACAAGAGAACAUCGAGUCCUGUGAAAUCAGAUUCGGCGAGUACAUCAUCGACUGCCUUGCCAUUCUUCGACGCUCCGGUUCCCCUUGUUCCCGUCGCGCCUUCACCCGCUGUUCCGUCGGCAAUUCGGUCUCCAGUUCAGAAGCCCGCGGAACCAUUUGAGCAGCUAUUAGAAUAUUAUUUAGUCUAUCUGGAGCGCAAAGAUGACAAGAAGUUCUUCGGCUUUCCCAUCACGGAUAUCAUCGCACCGAAUUAUUCGUUGUUAGUUAAGCAUCCCAUGGAUUUCAGUACCAUGCGAAAAAAACUAGCGCGUGGUUGGUACGAAAAUCUGCCACAGUUCAAAAAUGACUUCGAGUUGAUCUGCAGUAAUGCUAUGACAUAUAACAUGCCGGAUACUAUUUACUAUCGGGCUGCCAAGAAAUUAUCUAGAAUCGGCCAGAAACUGAUGAGCAAGGAACGUAUUCAGUACGCCAAACGUAGCGUUCAAGGCAUUGACUCUAUUCCACAAGAAAUACUAUGCUUCGAUGCUCCUCCAGCUGUUGUGACAUCCCGGCAACUUCCCCAAUCGCUUCUCGCUGCACAGCAGGGUCCUUCGACGUCUAGUGGUGAAACAGAAAUAAUUGCGGCUGCUCCGUUACCAGAAGAUAUUGUCGAUAUUAAAGAACCCAUGACAUCGCCGACUAUGUCACCGUCUAAAUUCAAAACUGGAAGUCUGUCUGGACCGUACGAAAAUAUUCCACAAGAGAACGCCGAGGAAAUUUUGGAAGAGUUGCGAAGAGCUGGCAGAGCAAUGGCUGAUCAACUGGCAACACGGAAGCCAAAUUUAAUAAUGCCCAAAAGAAUGCCAGAUGGAAGCGUUACGUUAAACUUGCUAAAUCCAGAUUCGAAGAGCACUCUGACGAUUGGUGCCCUGGCUGGACCGAUCAAAGUCGGCAGCGAUCGAUUGCCGACCUUUGACACACGACUGAAAAUGGAUGCUGCCACAGUGCUGGAGAAGUAUUACAAAGACUAUGGAUCAUUUUCAUCACAUGCCCCUCUAUACGAUUCCAAGGGUUCAAUUUUCACUAAGGAGGAAGUGGACAUGCUUCGUUCGGCAUACGGCAGCGAUAAAGGCAUAGCUUACGCAGAGAGUCUGAUGCGGUGGGGCCAACAAGUGCGGCAUCCGGUGGUGAAACGCAGUAUUGAAAAACUGAUCAACGAUGCUUCCGGAGGGGAUCAUAGUGAGGUGGUAUAUCUGUUAAAUGAGCGCAUCGUGACCCGUGCGGAAGAGGACAAGAACAAAUGGCUCAACGCCGCCGCGCUCACAGGCCGCGAUGAUCUGCUUCCCCUGGAAGGUGUCGACCGGUGUGGCACGGACAUGAUGGAACAGCUGCGUACACUGACCAACGAAGGGAUUGAUGUGGGAUUUCUCGAUUCCGUCAGUCCGGAUAUGAUGCGGCCCGGGACUGCUGCCAAGGCGAGCGGUGAUGUAGAAUCGUUGUUGACGUUAAAUGGCGAAAUACUACAUCAGUUAUACCUGGAGCAAACGAAACGGUUGGCUACUGCUCCCAUAGUACAUUUGGGAAAUGUACCCACGCCAAGCGAAACAGAAUGUUCUUUAGCGGAAAUGGCAGUUGCGAAUUUGUCAAAGCUGAUUGGAUCUACGGCUCCUAAAGAUGUUGUGUCCAGUUUCGGAACGAGAAAGGCCUUGAACUUAAUUUAAUUAAUUAUUCUGCUUUACGUCUUGUUAUUGAUAAGUAUUGUUAAAUUUAUAGGUUGCGCAAGUUAGCGUACCGAUUUGGAUGUUGUUGUUUUUGUUACUUGGGUUUUAUCAGAGUUUUACUUGUUUUUUAAUCGUUUUUUUUCUUCUUGCUUGUACUACACAUCUAGUCUUCCAUGUUAACGUUGGUGCGGUUGCUUAUUGUGUGCGGUGUUUCACCGAAGUAGUAUUUUCAAAUUGAUCUUUAAUGCUUGCUGAAUGGAGUUGACUUGCGAACUAUCCUUUAUCCAACUUCUAUUGAAUUAAUACAUAAAAAUACGGGUU